CAGCAUCCGCAGCCCCCCUCACACCCCACCCCACCACACGCUCGAAUCACCACCACCAGCAGCACCCAUGGCACCUAAGGCGGCGGAGAAGAAGCCGGUGGCCACGGCCGAGAAGACGACGGCGGGGAAGAAGCCCAAGGCGGAGAAGCGGGCGCCGGCGUCCAAGGAGGCCGGCGGCGAGGCGAAGCAGCGGGGCAGGAAGAAGGGCAGCAAGGCGAAGAAGAGCGUGGAGACGUACAAGAUCUACAUCUUCAAGGUGUUGAAGCAGGUGCACCCGGACGUGGGCAUCUCCUCCAAGGCCAUGUCCAUCAUGAACUCCUUCAUCAACGACAUCUUCGAGAAGCUCGCCGGGGAGUCGGCCAAGCUGGCCCGCUACAACAAGAAGCCCACCAUCACGUCCCGGGAGAUCCAGACCUCCGUCCGCCUCGUCCUCCCUGGGGAGCUCGCCAAGCACGCCGUCUCCGAGGGCACCAAGGCCGUCACCAAGUUCACCUCCUCCUAGACAACUUAGGCUUGAUCCUCGUCGCUUCAUGCGUUCUGUAUGUACGUAGUUGGCAGUAUGAUGUUACAAUCUUUGUAAGGAUUGUGUUGCUUGCUCGCGGCCUUGAAAGAAAUAGUGAUGUUGUUGUUGUUUGAAUCAAUGUUCAUUGUGCUUGCGCGUCGCUUCA